AUGGGAGAUAGCAACAGUGAGCUGUACGUGGCGAUUGCUGCUCUGCUCAUAUCUCUUGUUGCCCUUGCUGCUUCGGUCCUACAAGUCGCCCAGCAGUACUUCGCCUCUGCCACCGGCUACGCCAGCUGCGACGAGAAGGUCAUAGGCAAAUGGUCAAGCUCUACAAUACGAAUCUUAAAGCCAUACGAGUUUCGCUUCGAGGUCCAAUAUCAGGCUCCGGUCAUCUUCCUCUGUCGCCUCGACAACAAGAACGGCCCCGUGCCGGACGUUAAAAUUAUUCCUCUCGUGGGAAGCGACGAAAGCCGUCGAGAGAGUUGCAGUGACAUUCAGGAGGACGGUCGCAACACACAAAAGUCCAGCCAAGUACAGAAGGAAAAAUCCACCCGAGUAAAGCAGAAAGAAGCCAUACACACCGCAGACAAUGAAUUGGCUUCCUGGGUUACCUUGCUGGCAGCCUUCCAGCGAAUGGAGCAUGAUUCGAGAGACUGGCAACAGAAGCUCCUCGAGAAGCCACUCCGUCCUCCAACAGGCGAACCGCACAAUGCACUGUUGAAGCCCGAAGAGGUCGAGGAAGUGGAAAAGAAACACACGUUGGUCGUUGCCUUGCAGAAGAAGACAAAGAGCUGGGAUACGAUGCCGGCAGGCGUCAAGAAGCCGUAUGCAACGACAACUUGGUGUCAUAUGGUGGAGAUGGCUGCUCUGCUCGGGAUAUACUGGAGCGAAUUUGACCGAUCGCAUGACCGCUACCGAGCUGAAGGCAACGGUUACAUGUUGACGGGGGAGAAAAUGACCGACCUUGGUAUCAUGUUCACCUUUCAAGUCUACGGGAAGAGCGAAUUCAAAGCCAACCGCAUCAUCCCGGUUGAGGAGGUGAAGGACCUGUGCUUCGGGGUCGUGCCAACGAUAUUUCGACGACCCGAGGCGGUUGACAUGCGACGUCUCACAGAUGACCGCCAGGAUCUCAGCAUGCUCAACUUGUCCAACCGGAUUGAGAUUUCAGAGACACUGGGCCUUAUUGGUUGCAAUACCAACACGGUCAACUACUUUGCUCGUGAGGACACGCAGAACAAGCGUGUUGCUCACCUCUUUCCAAUCGCUUUUGAAAUCAUCGGCAUGCUAGGCCGGACUCUUCACAUCGAUCACAGUGUCUUCCGAUGCCUCCCGAACCCUACAAUGUAUUUUUGGAACACGAAGACAUUCUCGCUGCCAAAGCUGCUUGAUGCUUACCUCAAAGAAUCCAACAAGCACGGCGUUCUGAGUAACCAGGACUCGAGGGUUAUGCAGGCUAUCCGGCGGCACGGCAGAAGAGUGCAACUGCAAAUGAGAAAUGCUGGCUCCAACGGGCGAUCGAGCUUUAUGUUGCUCGACACUCUCCAUCACGCCCUCGACGCCAUGGAUGAAGUGUUGACUGGCAAGGCCAAAGAAAAACGACCCCCGCUGCCGCGACAGGGCACCACGUACUCCAACCAGAACCCAGCGCUGUCUGUCAAGAAGAAGCCAGACGAGCAGAGGCCAACCGACGCUACAGAAGACCAGAAUGAGACGACGCGCCGGCAAAAGGUGACGGACGUGCUGCGCAGCCACAUUCAAGAAGUUAUGUAUGGUCUCAACGAAAAGGUCAACGAAAAGGAUGCCGAGGCGCAAAGCCCCAUCCAGUUCGACGGCAACACAGCACGAUUUGAGGAUAUUGAUUCCGCAGCCCCCGAGGACAAACAAGCCAAGCUUAUGGAGGUUUAUUUCCAAGCGAUCCGCAACAAGGUCAUCGGCACGGCUUUGCGUUCGACGAAACGGCGCGAAUCCCUAACCCCGAUGCUGCCACUGGCCACGCCAAGCAGCCAGAAGCGGACCGCGGGUCAAACGAUUGUGGAAACCUCCGAAGACGGCGACGAAGAAGACGCAGAGGACGAGGAUGAAGACGAUGAUGUGGCAGAGGAGGAUGAGCUCUGGAAGCUGCCCACAGACGACGUCUCACACGAAGAUAUUUGGUGCACGCUUGUGUUCCGGAUGAUCUGCUGGCUGAUGCUUCAUGACUUCAACAAGAACGACCGACAAAUCUCGAAGAGCGAGCUACGGGGAAGCCGACUGCCCAUCUACAUUGCGUGA